GAAGUUGGGAAGCAAAAUGAACGAGUGGCAUCACGGGGAACGGCAAAAAUGGGUAAAAUUACUUCUUGCGUUAUUGUGCAUAAAUGGUACCCGUUUGGUGACUGGCGACAACAUUACCAGAUCAUCGCGAAAUGCAAGGACGGAUAUAUUCACGAACUCAAAAUAUGUCACCUUCAAUAGCCUUGGCGAUAAAAUUGGGAUUGACCUUGAUUUAUCCAUUCCAUUCUUAUCCAUACCAUUGGACCCAGGGUAUGGAGCAACACAACCGUUAAUCAACAUAAAUGCAAAAGCAUUAGCAAUUGCUGGGUUAUUCACAACUGUAUCAACAAUACUUGUUCCUCUGCUGAUUAAGCCUCACACAAUACCUAACUAUAGAUCCGAUGAUUCGCAGCAGGAUUGGGGAAAUUAUGGUGAAACUAUAAACGAAGUAUUUCUGGGCAACUCUUACCUUGCACCAUGUACGAAAAGAUUUAUCUGUUCCGUCGUUUCCAAAGCAUCCCGGACCGAAGGGCAGACGAGCGUCGACAAAAUCAUAGACGGAUUAUCCAGUCACGAAUGGUUUAAUCAAUUCAUGGAAGGUACUGCAAUUCAAGAAGCAGUUAUUGCAGGACGACAAGCGAAAAACAACUGCAAUGUAAUAUAUUCAGGAUGUUUCUUGUCUACGAAAUUCUUUGGAAGUUUCUCGAAUCCAGACUUCUCUUAAUGAAACUGCUUCAUCUAUUGGUCAAGGUUUCACACAUGCUGUAUUACCCUACUGACUUGGUCAUAAUGUUCCUCUGCGAU